AUUCUUGUUAAUCUGUACAUGUGUAUGUUACUGUGUUGCUAUUCGUAAACUUAAAUCAAAUUUGAUAAAAUGUAUUUUAUAAUGUAUGGCCACUAAUUAACAGUAAUAAAAUGUAGUUUAAUUAUAGCAGUCUUAGUUCACGGUGAUAUUGAAACAGGGAACGGGGUAGGGAAAAUAAGUGAAAUUUAAACUGAAUAACAUUCCGCUAAUAACAAUCAUGGUCUGCCUUAAAUCAACAUUAAAUCUGUUUUUCGGUUGUUGUUUAAGUGCCUUUUUAAUGGAAAUAAUGAUCUCUAAAAAACCGAAUUGUGCAAAUUUAGUAACAUUCCUCCAAUUUCUUUGUAUAACUUUACAUGGAUUGCUGAAGAGCAAAUAUGAAGUGUUUACACCCAAGAUACCUCUUAGACAAUAUUUUGUUCUUAUUAGUUUGUUUUUUGUAACUAGUGUGGCAAAUAAUUUUGUGUAUGCUUUGCAUGUAGCAUCAACACUUCAUAUGAUAAUCAGGUCAGCUUCAUCACCUGCUAGCAUGUUAGUUUCAUGGUAUGUAAAAAACAGAGUGCCAAAAGUAAAUGCAAUUAUUGGUUCUGUUAUAAUUUCAAGCGGUGUUACUAUUGCAAUGUAUGGCGGGGCUAAAAUAAUUGAAGAAGAAACUAAAUUCCUAUAUUGGUGUAUUGGUGUUGUGAUACUGUUGACAACUCUAAUUACUGGUGCUUUUACUGGUCUGCAGCAAGAAAAAUUAUAUGCAACAUAUGGCAAAUUUCCUGAAGAGAUGCUGUUUUACACACAUGCAAUACCUCUUCCCUUCUUCCUGAUAAUAAUGCCAGAGCUAGGUGCAAUUGCAUUUAGUCUUCCAUCAUACUUGUGGUAUAUUCUAGUUUUAAACAUUAUAGCACAAUUCUAUUGUGCCAAUUCUGUCCACAUUUUAAGCACACAGGAAUCAUCAGUUACAGUUACUUUUAUAUUGACUGUGAGAAAGUUUGUUUCACUUUUAAUUUCAUCUGUAGUUUUUAAGAAUAGUUUGACAAUUUACCAUGCAUUUGGAACGGUACUAGUAGUAAUUGGAACUUAUUUUUAUUUCUUUGUUAAUAAUGAUAAACCACUUAGUAGUUAUAAAAAGAAAUAGUUAUAGUGAAGAAAAAUAUAUUUUUUAAAGAUCUGAUUCUGAGAAAUGAAUACCUUGUAUUGAAUUUAUUUUGUCAUGUUUAUACAGAAUAAAACUACUGUUUUA